AUGGAGGAACCUUCACCAGACGACUUCUACACUGAUUUCCUCCGUUUCUACGACAAGAGUCCUACUUCCCUUAUCGAUAUGCAAACACAGUUAGCACCCGCUCGAGCCGCCGCCAACUCCAAUAUCCCCAUUGUUGUCCUCUUCGCUCAACUAUUGGAUGAAAUUCUCAAUGAAGAGAUGCAAAGGAAGACGGACACUGACUUUGAGCUACUUGUCCGACGGCGAGAUUGGGAUCGACUACUCUCAAUGUUAAGUAUCGUCAAUGAGGCCCAGAUCCGUCCUAACAUCUUUACACAGGCACUCGGGCCCUCCACAAAUGCUCCACCAUCUCUCCUGUCUUGGCGCAGCGCACUGCAAGGUCUAUGCGUCAUUGAUAAGAUAGGUGGUGCACAUUGCAUCCGAGGUAGCGGGGAAGGGGAUGAUUCGUACCCGUUAAUGGUGACUUCCCCGUCCACUAUUACGGAAGUUUCUGCGUCGUCGCCUGGUUCGUCUUCUCUCUCCGUCUCUGCUCUUCCUCUUUCAUGGCCGCUUAUAUGUAGAACGUUGCUUCCAGAAGAAGAACGGUUGAGCCUACCUAAAUUAUCACUUCGCCUUCCCGUAAAACCAACCCCCCCUUUCCUGAAUGCCAAAUUCUACGUUCUUUACUUCUGCUCCAAAUUGCUGACUGCAAACAUGGUACAAGAACUCGAGUUGUUUGCCACGCCAUCCCAGCAAGUACUAAACUACUACUUUGCCUUGGUUCUUAGCAUUUACCCCAAUCUCGUCGCUGCCCAACCCUGGACGACAACAGAAUCCUCAAGGGCAGCCUCAUUGUAA